AUGCUUCGCCGACCUCCCACCACACUCGCCAUUACUGCCGAGGACGUUGCCGCCUACGAAGACCGUCGCGCUGGUGAGGCCUUGCUCGCCGCGCAGCAAGCCCGGGCAGAGGCUGAGGCGCAGGCAGCAGAGGCGCGUGCUCGGGCGCGUGCGCAGGCUGCCGCCGCAGCAGUUGGCGCUGGCAACACUACCACCACCACUGGAGGAGGAGCGUCUUCGAGGGCCCUGACGGCGGAGGGCAGUAGUAGCAUGCAGGGUGCGAGCCCGUCGGCGGCCAAGAGGGCACGCGACGAACGCAUCGGCCUGGGAAGACGGCCGGGCGGGCGAUGA